UCGCCUGUGUGGUUUGUUUUUAGUAAAUACGAAAACGAACCAGAAUUGAAAAAAAAAUACGAAAACUCUUUAUACAUUAUGGAAAUUUUACAAUAUCCAUACUACAAAGAUCUUAUAGACUUCGCUGAAACUAACCCUGUUCUGAUUGAUUUUCCAUCAGAGAAUAUCUCCGAUCUCAUGUUGAAACUUAUGCCCACUGUUGACGAGGUGUUUGAUACGUGUUACUGGAGAGGCACUGGUUUCAAUUGUUCGGAUAUACUACGACUGCAAAGAACCGAAGAAGGAUUUUGUUAUUCGUUCAACAGCAAGACGUCGGAAAGGAUGGCAAAUGACAGCGAAUUCAACCCACCGAUCGCCAAACCAAACGGCAAGCUGAUACCGCUCAAAAACAAUGUUGCGGGCAAGAUGACAGGACUCGAGUUGAUCAUGAAGAGUUUGGUCACUGAAUACUUUCCGAACGACAAGCGAUCCAAAGGAUACAACAUAAUGAUACACACGCCCGAGGACUUCCCGGACAUUUCAAGCAGCUACAAGGUGUACAGCGAACUGAACCAAUCGUCGCGGAUAUCGGUGAGCGUGAGUCACAUACGGGCAGACGAUUCACUACAUCGACUCGACGAAAAGGACCGUAAAUGUUUCUUCUACGAGACGCGGACGACGAAAACGAAGAACUUCCCGUCGUCCAGGAGUAACGCCGAGGACAACUGUUUCAGCGAGUGCCGACUAAAGAUUACUUAUAAAAUGUGCAAUUGCACGCCGUACUACUUUGACGUGGAAGUUAUAGAGAGCAAGCAACAAUGUGGAAUUGAACACAUACAAUGUCUCAGCAAAAUCAAAGUGCUUCAACACAACGCUCGGGAAUCGGAAGAAGAAUUUGGAUUUCUUAAAUGGAGUGCACAGGAGUUCAUGAAUUGCAGUUGCCCACACCCGUGUUCGUUUGUUGGAUACACGACAGAAAUCCGUAAUUAUGCAAAGGAUUUCUUGGCUUAUACAACAUUUCCACAUGCUUAUACACACAUAGAAGUACAUUACAAAGAAAGAUUUGCUAUCAGUUACCUAAGGUCCAUGAAGUACACUACACAAGAUUUAUUAGUGACAUUUGGUGGGAUGGCAAGUUUAUUUCUUGGUUGCAGUUUGGUCAGCGUGGUAGAGCUCAUUUACGUUAUCUACAAAUCAUUAAUUAUGUUUAAACAUAGAUAUACCAAAGUCCAUACACCUUCAAAACAUGAACAGCAACUUGUUUUAUAUCGCCGCCAACGUAAUGCAUUUCAUUUUUGCAAACCUCUGUACAAGCCACCAGGCAUCACAUUACCAGAAUUCUGUGAGAAAGUCAAAUAUUAAGUAACAUAAUAAGUGAUAUACUUUGUACAUUUAUACACUUAAAAAUACAAACAAAAUAUCACUGU